AAUUGAUCUCUCCUCCUCGGCUCCUCCUCCUGUGAGCAGACGGUGUAUGUUGUGUUGUCUUGGAUCUUGAGACGCUUCUGUGAGGAAAUCAAGUUCUGCCAUGGGUGCAUCUACCAGUACCAACCGUCCAUCAACAACGAAGCUCACUGAUGGAGAGAAUCACAGAGUUAAGUAUGCCUCAUCAACUAUGCAAGGAUUGCGUAUGAGCAUGGAAGAUUCUCUUGCAGUUGAACUAGAUCUAGAUGGAUUAACGAACACAUCAUUCUUUGGUGUUUAUGAUGGCCAUGGAGGAGCUGAAGUAGCAAUGUACUGUGCAAAACGAUUUCAUGUUAUGCUUCGUAAGGAAGAAGGCUAUCUCAACAAUCUGCCCAGUGCAAUUAAGUCUGUGUGCUUCAGAAUUGAUGAUGAUUUGAAACAAUCAAAUCAAUGGAGGGUGUCACUUAAUCCUUGUGGUAAUGGCAAUUGUUUCCAGUUCCUCAAUACUGGUGUCUGUCCUAAAGUCUGGCGUUCUGCAGAGGUAACUCGUUAUGUUCCACCGUUAUUUGAAGGAAGCACAGCAUGUGUAGUAAUCAUUAGAGGAAAUCAGAUCACUGUUGGAAAUGUUGGUGAUUCCCGUUGUGUGCUUUCAAAGAAUGGACAGGCAAUUGAUCUAUCCACUGAUCACAAACCAAACAUUCAACUUGAGUGCCGGAGAAUUCAAAGAGCAGGAGGACAAGUAUGGAGGGAAAACUUUCCUGUAAAAGACUUAGGAGGAGAAAUUAGGGAACAAUGGGGUCCGUAUUGUGUUGAAGGAAAGUUAGACACUUCCAGAGCAAUUGGUGAUUUUGGAUAUAAGAACAACAAACUUUUGCUUAAUUCAAUGCAAAUGGUGAUAUGUGAUCCUGACAUUUGUGUUGCGAAUAUAACUGGUGAUACUGAAUUUCUUGUCAUAGCAAGUGACGGCAUCUGGGAUCACAUGUCAAGUCAGGAUGUGGUUGAUUUCGUAUAUGAGAAAUUGUACUUGUCCUUGAGCACGGAGCACCUCUGCCACAAUUUGAACAAACAGGGAAAGAAAAGACAAUGUUUUACAGAGGGAGGGCCAAGGUUUGGUUUGAAGUCUUCGACGAGUAAAGAAAUUGUCUCCUUGGAAAAUUAUUUUAUUGAUCCUUUUCGCUCCAUACCGUCCACGAGGAGGAGGAAAUUCUACGCACAGCUUGCGAGAAACUCAUCGAGAAUUGCUUGGAAUCGAGGAACAACGCGACGGCCAUACUGGUUCAGUUCAAGCCCGGCGCCGACCAGCCCAUUCCUCUCCUGUCCGUCAUCGAGGAGGGCUCCGACGAAGCUGCCAGCGACAGCGACAGGGCUCAACAUCAGCACAAUCCCCAUGGCGGUGGCGAGCAGCUCGACCUCUACGGCGGCGAUGACGGAGAAUCACUCCUUCUGUUUGGCCAGCCAUAGUUCUUCGUGCAAGAAAGAACCUUAGCUAGCUGCAGAGAGUUUUGAGGUUAGUACAGGAAAAGAAAAGAAAGCUCCCGAUAGUUCCGAGGCACUAAUUAGGAUUGUGCAAUUAGUCCAUUGACAUUAUACGUCACAUCACAUGCCCUGAGAGCCACUUGGAUCGCUUCACGCACGUUUACUGUUUGUUUUGCUCUGGACUCCUGAAGAUAUUGAUCGAGUUUGUAGCACUUGAUUCGUGAAUGAUCACUGCUUCUAUAUCUGUUCCGCAUUUCGUGAUAUGAUGACUCGUGAAUGAGCACGUCAAAACCCACAGUUGUGGAAGAAGAAUUGUG